AUGGAUUCCAAAAACGUUUUCCUCAUCCUUGGUCUAUUGGCCAUGGUUCUUCUUAUUUCAUCAGAGGUUUCAGCUAGGGACUUAGCAGAGACUUCCACUAAUGCCAAAGAGGAGGUUGUUGAAAAGUCAAAUGAAAUAAAUGAUGCCAAAUAUUAUGGUGGAGGCUACGGUGGUUAUCACAAUGGCUAUGGUGGUUACCACAAUGGUUACGGUGGUUACCACGGAGGGUAUGGCGGUUACCAUGGCGGAGGUUAUCACAAUGGUUAUGGUGAUUACCAUGGUGGUGGUGGUUACAAUGGUGGUGGUGGUUACGGUGGUUAUCAUGGUGGUGGUGGUGGUUAUGGAGGAGGCUACGGUCACGGUGGUGGUUACAAUGGUGGUGGAGGAGGAGGUUACGGUCAUGGUGGAGGUGGUUACAACGGUGGUGGAUUUGAUGAUCGUAACUGA